AUGAAGUUCUCACAUGUCAUCAUUUCGGCGCUCAGCGUCGGCAACGCAGUCAAUGCCGCAGUCAUCCCCGAAGAAGCAAACUCGCUUAGCAUCCGUUCAAGUUACGACAUCGCUACAUCACCCGAGUCCAGCAACACGCUCGAGAAGCGCAAAGGAGGUGGUGGCGGUGGCAGAGGUGGUGGUGGCAGCUCAUCUGGCGGUCGCUCCGGCAGCUCGUCCUCUUCAGGCUCGUCAGGAAGCUCUGGAAGUUCGGGCAGUUCGAGCAGCUCUGGCAGCUCGGGAAGCCGUGGCUCAUCAGGCGUGAGCCCCUCAUACGGCGGUGGCAGAUACUACGCUGGCGGUUCAACAUCAGCAUACAGGAGCGGCGGUCGUUCGCCCGGCGGUAUCGCCCCAUAUGCCCUUGGUGGUGCUGCUCUCGGUAUCGGUGUGUUCGCGCUUUACGGAGCCGGUGCCUACGCAUACCCUUACGCCCAUCCCUACUACUUCCACAACCGCACCGAGGCUGCUCAGAACCAGACCUACACUGAUUCCAUGAACACCACAUUGCCCGUUCAGUGUGUCUGCGAGCCCAACGCUGAUUGCGGUUGCGACGAUCAGGAAGACAACUCUUACAUCGAUUCUAUUGUCGGCAACGGAUCUGUCUCAGACAUCAACUCGACCCUCGCUCGCGUCGCCAACAUCAACGGCACAGAGACUCUCGUCCUUAACGGAACUCUGGCCGAGGGCACUGCAUCUACUAGUGCUGCCAACAUUAUGAGACCUGAGUCCGCUGGCAUGUGGUUGCUCGCUGCCGGUGUGGGCGCUUUUGUCUACGUCUUGUAA